AUGGGUCAACUACUCUCCACUUCGUCUUCUUCGAGACGCUCCCACCUUCUCCCAUCUUCAGCUUCCAAGGCUCCCCUUGGUAAAACUGAAGCCGACAUUCUCCUGUCAGACUCAUCCUCCGAACUCUCACACCCCUUUCCCACCGAAACGAACAACGACAAUUCCACCAAUACCCAAACUCCCCCUCUCCUCCCCCUCCUCAAAAAAGCCAAAGGCCACUACUACUACCCCGUCUCUGGCCCCAAGAUUCUCGACGCCUGCGGCGGCGCCGGCGUGGCCUGCCUCGGCCACGGCAAAUCCAACAAAUCCGUCAUCAAAGCCAUCACCACCCAGCUCAGCACGGUCCAAUACGCCUCCUACGCCCACUUCCGCGUCGACCCCGUGCUCCAACUCGAAAAGUUCCUCUGUGAAAGCACCGACGGUAAAAUGGGAAAGAUGUAUCUCAUGUCCUCUGGCUCAGAAGCAGUCGAGGCCGCCUUAAAAUUUGCCCUCGAAUACCACGCCUGGAACGGUCAGCCGGAGAGGGUAAACAUCAUCUCCCGCUCUCACUCCUACCACGGAACGACAAUAGGGUCGUUAUCCGCCUCAGGACACACCACCCGGCGACAACCCUUCACCUCAGUCCUCAACCGGACAAACUUCCACCACCUCCCCCCCUGCAACCCCUACCGCAGCCCCCUCCCCCGGGAAGAAUACCUCUCCUCCCUCCUCACCUCCCUUGAGUCCCUAAUCACCACCAUCUCCCCCUCGACAAUCGCAGCCCUAAUCCUCGAACCCAUCGUCGGCGCUGCCCUCGGCUGUGUCCCCCCUUUACCUGGUUACCUCUCCGGUAUAAAAUCUUUCUGCCACACCCACGGCAUCCUCCUGAUCUACGACGAGGUGAUGUGCGGAAUGGGCCGGACAGCCACCUCCCCUUCCCACCAUCUCCACGCGUAUCAAUCCUUCCCUGAACCCGACAUCUCCCCCGACAUGAUGACAAUAGCAAAAUCCUUCUCCGCCUCUUACCUGCCCGCCUCGGCGCUUUUGAUCUCCACCCCCCUGUCCAACUUCCUGACCUCCCACAAUAAAGUUUUCACUCACGGGCACACAAACCAAUCCCACCCCGUCGUCGCCUCCGCCUGCCUCGCCGUCCAAGGCACAAUCCAAUCCCGCAACCUCCUCUCCAACGUCGCCGCCCAGGGGGGGUUGCUCCUCCACCUACUGCAGAAACAGCUAAGUCAGCACCCAAACGUGGGGGAUAUAAGGGGCAGGGGGCUGUUCGUAGGGAUAGAGUUCAUAGCCGACAAGACAACAAAACAGCCGUUUGAGCGAGAACUCGAUAUUGCGGGCAGGGUGCACAAAACCGCACUAAAGAACUGGCAGGUCCUGGUUUAUGCCUCCCAGGGCUGCGCCGAUGAUCAAGGGAGGGGGGACGUCAUCAUGGUCAUGCCGGCGUAUGAUGUCACUGCCAAAGAAAUAAGAGAGAUGGUGAGGAGGAUCGUGGGGGCGGUGCGCGAGGUUUUUGAUAGUUUAUGGGUUGCAUAA